AAAGAAGAAAAUUAUUUUCAAAGUGUCCCUUUCCCUUAUUGUCACUGACCUUAUUAAAAAUGGCUAGCGUGGAUUUUAAAGUUGUUCUUCUUGGAGACAGAGCCGUUGGAAAAACAUGUUUAAUAAAACGUUUUGUAAAUGAUACAUUUAACGAAGACGUAGUAAGUGCUACAAUUGGCGUAGCAUUUGCAGCUAAACAAAUUCAAGUUGAUGAUCGGAAGGUAACAAUGGGUUUAUGGGACACUUCAGGCUGUGAAAGAUUUGAAUCAAUGGUUAGAGGUUAUUAUCGAGGUGCAAAAGCAGCGAUAAUUUGUUAUGAUAUUAGUAAUUUAGAGUCAUUUAAAAGGGCAAAAUUUUGGAUAAGAGAAGUUCGUGAGGUCGAAGAUAAAUGUAAAGUGUAUUUAUGUGCCACAAAAGAAGAUGUAUUAAAAAAUGUGAGUGCAUCUCCUGAUUUAGAAAUAGUCGAAAGAUAUGCAGAAGGUAUUCAAUCAAAAUUUUUCAUCACUUCAAGUAAAACUGGAAGCAAUAUUGCUGAAUUAUUCGAGGAAAUUGCUAAAGAUUAUAUCGCAAAUCCAGAGAAUGCUCAAAAAGAAGAAGACAAAUUUAUUACUCUAACGGAAACGCCAAUUUCUCAGAGAUUUUGUUAUUGUUAAUCAUGGCAUGGCUACUCGAUAUUAAUUUUUUAAAAAAGAUUCUUUUUUAUUUUCAAAUCGGUGAAAUAUUUUAAAGGCAAUUUUUAAUUAAGACGAUAGUUUUAAUUCAAAGAUUUUAAAUUCGAGUGGCCACUUUUAUGUAAUUAUAUAAAUAAGACGAUCGCAUUGAGAACUGAUGACUCAUAGAAUAAUACUUACCUUUGACUGAAUCGAGCUAAACUUAUUCGUAGAAAGAUAACGAAACUGUGAAAUAAAAUGAUUCCGCCAUAUAUUUCUUAAGGAUUUAUCCAAUUCACAAUAUAUGUAUAGAAACAUUUGUUAAUUACUUUAUAUUUAUACACGAAGAAAGUAUUUUUCAAACAGUAUAUUUUAUUCAAUAAAAGGCUAUGACAUUUAA